GGGAUGCGCCACCCGGCGUCGACGUUUUGGGCCUGGACGUCUGGUGCGGCAACCUGCCCCCGGAGCAUCGUGGCUUCGUCGCUCUCGGCGCCGACUUACUUCGGAAGCUCAUGCAGCUCCCCGAUGUCCAGUGCGCCUGGCUUUUGCUCGCUUUCUGCGCGGCGCCUCGUACACAACAUCUGCUCCACAACGUACCCCCAGCCGACAUCCUGCCGUACGCUCGCGGUCACGACGAUGCGGUCUGGGCGGUAGUUGAAGGCUUGCUGGGCGACCAAUGCCUCGGUCUCUUGGCAGCGGAGCGGGUAUCACCGGCAGCAUACUGGGCAGCGUGGGCAGAUGCGCUCCCGGUGUUGCGCCAACGCUGCACGCCAGCUUGCUGCGGAGGGCUGAACGAGCAGACCGGAGUGGGCGUCUUGCGCACGCGGCGCCGCGCCGCCUUCGGCUGCCCUUGCCCCUCACGGCCCUGCACUGUGGCGCUGAAGGCCGACACGGAUGUGGGCUUGAGGCGUGGUUUCGUCGUUGAACGGGCGUGGGUUCAGGUCGCUCGCGAAGCGGUCGGUCCGUACGGACGGGUCGUGCCGCAGCA